AUGUCUGAACAGGAUCACGACCAAUGGGCCAAAGGUUUCUGCUCCAACGGGGAAUUCUUCCCCGAAGAGGACAUGGGAUGGGGUCAAUUUGUCGGGGAAGAUAAGGAAAUGACCCUGUGGGACGUUGUCUCGGAGAUGAUUCUUACUGCAAGAGGCAAAAUGACCGCCCUGACAUCUGGGGAGCUCCAGAGUUGCAGGAUCUCCUGGAUAUCCACUCACCUACUCGACCAAGCGUGGAAGGAGAUGGCACAUACUCUGACAGAGGCUAAUUUUAGCAACACCAUGGAAAUUCUGGACACUGAGCCCCCAAGAUGGCUACCGGACAGUGCUGCUUCUGCCUGCAUGCUGUGUGGUGUGAGGUUCCAUCCCAUCAUGUGCUCUCGACACCAUUGUCGCUUCUGUGGUGGUAUAUUCUGCAGCGAUUGCUCAAAAGGGAAGAGCUUGUUGCCGCAGAAGUUUCGGGCCUGUGACCCACAGCGAGUGUGUGAUGUGUGUUGUGUGCGGCUUGAGUCUGUUCAGCCGUUCUUGAUGGAUAAGGUGAGCCCUGCAUCACAGGUACCCACACAUGAUCUGACUGAUCUCAGCACACUCAGAUCGUGGAUAAACUUCCCGUGGGGGCAGUCCAUGGAGCACGAGAUUUACAAAGCAGCUAACACGCUCCGUGGCUAUUCUAAGGUAUGAUGAACGCCAUUGUGGCUUGUUUGUCUGGUCGUUUUGAGUUGGUCCAAUCCCUGAUUCUGCAAUACUCUGAUCAUUACAGUUUUCCCUUGUAAAAUAUUUUUUAUCAUUAAAAACCCGCGUUAAAAACCAUACAAAUGGUGGCACUUUGAUUUUAAGAAAUAUUAUGGUUCUCCCUUCUUUCUUGUUGUCAGGUGUUGAGGAUGGUUGGCAACCAGUUCAUAUAGGUUGAAAACAUCACCGUAUGUCGGAUUGUUCCUGGGGAAAAUAUUGAGCACAAGUCAAAAAGAAAAAAAAUGGCAAUGCUAAUUCACAAGUACUGUAGAAAAUGCUAGGUGACCCUCCGAAAGACAUUGCAUGAUUCAAUCAGUUGAAGAUUCGCAACUAGAAUUGGGUAGUCCGAGUCUUCUUUUGAUUUAGUAAGGAAAUACAAUGAAUAACCAUGAACCUGUGAGAUUAGGCUGUUUCCUACAUUUACUUUUUCUUUGGUCAUUGUUAGUGGGGAACCCUUGUCUGGUGGGAACAUGCAGGAACUUCGGGUUGAACAGGUUGCUGAGACAAGAAACACAGAUUCUUCAAAGCAGUAUGUUGCUUGUUUGACGGGGACAAAAGGAUUAUUUAAUCUUUUUUUCCAAAUUGGCUCUGGUCGGUUAAUCCUUCAACUUCAUUAAAACCUAAACAUUCUCAUCUAUGAAUGAGAGAUCUAGGCAACGUAGUCCAAAAUAACACCCUUAGAUUUGUCCAAGUACUUGGGGAUUCUUGAUUUAUAAUUUAUUUUUUAUCACUAUGCCCUUUAAUUAUUUCAAACAUUCUCUUGUGAAUCAUGUGGUGAAAUUAUGAAAUAAAACUGACCUAUAAGCUGAUGGCGAUGAGAAAUUACUACUCAGGUGGGUUCCCUCAGACCUGAGAAAUCCAUCCCUCAAGCUGUGCUGAGGCAGGCGAAAGGCCUCGCAAUACUCACCGUCGUCAAAGUUGGGCUGAUGGUUACUUAUAACAUUGGAACCGGGUUGGUUGUCGCUCGUAGAGAAGAUGGAUCCUGGUCUCCACCAUCUGCCAUUUCCACCUUCGGCGUUGGGUGGGGCCCCCAGGUAUGAUGCUUCCCCACACAUGCGUAUAUAUAUAUACAUUGAUAAAGACUUUUGUACAUCUCUGAUUUUAAGUGGAUGGUGCGCAAUGAUUAACCGGUACAUUCCAUGUUUCUUCAUAGGGGGGAGGGGAAUUGACCGAUUAUAUUAUAGUCUUGAGGAACAAAGAUGCCAUCAGGACCUUCAGCGGAAAUGGGCACUUCUCAGUUGGAGCUGGUCUCAGUGCAGCUGCCGGGGUUUUCGGGCGAGCUGCCAAUGCUGACCUGCGUGCCGGUGAUGGGGGCUGUGCCGCCUGCUACACAUACAGCUGCAGUAAAGGUGCGAUCUUUAUUUGUGAAUCCUGUGCCCAUCAGCUCACUUAAGUUGCUCACUCUUUAUGGAAUCCUCAGGGGCCUUCGUCGGAUGCUCCCUGGAAGGAAGCAUGGUCGUGACCAGAGCGUCGGAAAACUCGCGGUUUUAUGGGAGUUCGUCCAUUGACUCGUCGGAGAUUCUCCUGGGAUCAUUGCCCCGGCCGCCCGCCGCCGCCAUCCUCUACCGGGCUCUGUCGGAGCUGUUCCAGAGGCUGGACGUCUGA